AUGGGCCAGAAAAUCUCAGGGAGCAUAAAGUCUGUGGAUGUGAGGGAGCCCCCUUAUAGACCCGUUAAACGAGAGCUGAGAGGCCCGGAUUUUUGCAAGCCGGCACGACUGGACAUGCUGUUGGAUAUGCCCCCUGCCAAGCUGGAGGUCCAGUAUAAACACGCUUGGAACAAUGAAGAUCGCUCCUUAAAUAUAUUUGUAAAGGAAGACGAUAAACUGACUUUUCAUAGACAUCCAGUUGCCCAAAGCACAGAUUGCAUCCGGGGCAAAGUCGGCUACACGAGGGGCCUGCAUGUCUGGCAAAUCCACUGGCCCACGAGGCAACGGGGAACUCACGCUGUGGUGGGCGUCUCCACGGCCGAAGCCCCGCUGCACUCGGUGGGAUACACGUCGUUGGUUGGUAGCAACAGUGAAUCGUGGGGCUGGGAUCUGGGACGCAACAAACUCUACCACAAUUGUAAAAACCAGCCUGGGGUCACGUAUCCUGUCUUUUUGGAACCGGAUGAGUCUUUUGUACUCCCAGACUCCUUACUGGUGGUUUUGGAUAUGGAUGAAGGGACGCUUAGCUUCAUGGUAGAUGGACAGUACCUUGGAGUGGCCUUCAGGGGACUAAAAGGGAAAAAACUUUACCCCAUAGUCAGUGCAGUUUGGGGGCACUGUGAAAUUACAAUGAGAUACAUCAAUGGACUUGACC